AUGCCAGAGUACACCGUCAUCCCUGAAGAAGGCUCACUGGACAGUCAAAAACUUUGCGUCCGAUGUCAAUGCGCGGUGGAUGGCAAUUUUGUUUUCCUGCCAGCUGCUGAAUUGUGUGCUGGCUGUCAAAGCCAAUAUUCCGCUGCUACUGCUCGACAACCACAACAAGCUCUUCCAGCAUCUAUUCCAUCACUACCAUCACCGCCUCGUUCGCCGCCGAGUCCAAUUAGGAGCCCUGGAAGGCUCAGCUCCUAUGACGACGUUGACUUUCACACCGAAAUACCUUUGGACUCAGACUCUAGUUUUCACUGUUGUAGUCCCAUAAUCUCAUCCCCGACAUAUUCCACCAAGUUAGCGACUCACGACAUCAGUCUCUCUACAAGACCUUCCGCCUCUUCUUACUCCGAGAUCCGGGGACGUCCUUUCAUUACCCCCAGUCCUCUGACCGACAUCACUCGUCUACGGGUCCGUUCACAAGGGAAUCACUGUUUGUAUCCCGGAGCUGUCUUCAAGGGGACACAAAAGAGUGGGAGGAGCAGUUAUGAUGUUAAUGUCACCAUAGUGGACGUCGAUUUCUCCUCUUCAUUCUUAUGUGGAUAUCUUCGCAUCCGAGGUUUGACAGAAGAUUGGCCAGAACUGACUACUUACUUUGACGCCGAGAUCAUUGGAAGCCGUUAUGGAUUUUUGACGCAGAAUUGGGGCGCUACUGAACAGCAGGACUUGGUGCAUUGGCAACGGUUUCCUGCUUUCAAGCAUGCCAAGAACGAAAUGAAGAAGCCCUACCUGACAAUCAGUGACCGAGAUCGUGGAGCGAUAUUCAUGAGGUGGAAAGAGAGGUUCUUGAUUCCUGAUCAUCGUGUACAAGAUAUAUGUGGUGCAAGUUUUGCUGGCUUUUACUAUGUUUGCGUGGAUUUCAACUCGUCGAACUCGAGCAAGAGCUGUGAAACCAUGCCUAUAACACCGGAGAAUGACCAAUCUGACGUUACCGUUCAAUCGGUAAAGCAGGAAAGUCCACGCAGAGCGAGAAGGAAUUCCAGUACCCGGAGAAGAGGUGGACGGUCACCCUCUGCUAGUCCACGUCAAAUUUCUCCAGUAGCUUCAAUGAGCGGGUUCUACUUCCAUCAAAACUCUGAACCCUAUCAACAGCUAUCGUUGUCGCAUGUCCCCGAGCGAGCAACUUCUAGCUUUGAAUUCCGUUGA